AAACAGCUUUUGUUGACUCCUGUUCCCUCGUGAAAUAGAAAACAUCCCUCCAAGACACCCGCCAUCCCACGCGCCAACAAUGGCCGCCCCACCGACACUCCCGAUCUCCAACUCCCAAACGACCGUCGGCGCCCAAUCGCAGCCUCCCAUUGCCACGCCGGCCUUCCGCGCGUUCAUCUCGCGCUUAUCCUCCUCCGUCCGCCACGGCUUCUCGCAGCGCCGCCCCUGGUACGAGCUCGUGGACCGGAGCGCCUUGGCCCGACCCGACUCCCUCACCGAGGCCUACUCCCGGAUCCGCAAGAAUUUCACCUACUUUCGCGUCAACUACGUUUCCCUACUCACCCUCGUACUCGCCCUCUCGCUGCUCACCCAUCCUUUCUCUCUCGUCGUCCUGCUUUCCCUCCUCGGCGCGUGGGCUUUCCUCUACCUGUUUCGGGCGUCCGAUCAGCCCCUGGUCAUCCUCGGCCGCACUUUCUCCGACGCGGAAACAUUAAUCGGACUCGUCGUGCUGACCGUGGUCGUCGUCUUCAUGUCCAGCGUCGGCUCGCUCCUGAUCUCGGCUUUGUUGAUCGGAUUCGCCAUUGUUUGCGCGCACGGGGCGUUCAGGGUUCCAGAGGACCUGUUCCUCGACGAGCAGGAGCCCGCCAACGCCGGAUUUCUCUCUUUCCUCGGCGGCGCCACCUCGUCUGCCGCUGCCUCCGUAGCCGGACGUGUCUAAAUGGAUCUCGUCUCAAGCACGCGUCGGAUUGAUCGCUGUAAAGAUUCACAUGAAUAAUUUGUGUAGAACUGGAUGAAGGUUUGCUUGUUGAAAACUUAGGAAAAGCCAGGGCAGUGUGCUUCCUCUCCAUAGUUUAGAUUAAGUUCAUUAGAAUUUCGAUCGGAUAAGAAAAACUUCAGCAUCAAUGUACUUGUUCAUUGUUGGGUGUGUUAUAGUACGACAAUAGGUAUUACUUAAAGAAUUGUGGGAUGAGAACAAUAUUUUAUUGGAUUCGGAUAUCCGCCAUUGAUGACGCAGUUGGAGGGUGUAAUGGUGGUUUUGGUCAUGGUGGUAUUGAAUUGUGGGAUGAUAACAAUAUUUGAUUGGAUUCGGAGAUCUGCCAUUGAUGACACAGUUGGAGGGUGUAAUGGUGGUUUUGGUCGCGGCGGUAUUGAAGUGUGGGAUGAGAACAAUAUUUGAUUGGAUUCGGGGAUCUGCCAUUGAUGACACGGUUGGAGGGUGUAAUGGUGGUUUUGGUCAUGGCGGUAUUGAAUUGUGGGAUGAUAACAAUAUUUGAUUGGAUUCGAAGAUCCGCCAUUGAUGCCACGGUUGGAGGGUGUAAUGGUGGUUUCAAUCAUGGCGGUUUUCAAACAUCUUGUGUUGAUAGAAUUUCAUUUCAUUAUGAUGAUUAACUAAGCGCAAACUUGUUAAGUUUAGAGUUGAUGAAGCCAAAUUGACGGGAAUACGAUUAUUUCUGAAACGAUGCUCUCUCUGUGCCCAUGUUUUGUUUCUGGUAGAUAAGUUGAGCCGGCUAGUGUUGUUAAGCCAGGUGGGUUGCAUCAUUGAUUCAUUGUUAGGUUGGGGAAAUACUUGUUAGCUGCACUUGACUAUACUCGUUUAUUUUGUUUUGAUUUGAAGUAGUCAUAAGACGGGAUUUUCUUAAACGCGGGGUUUGAGUAGUUGAUCAAUCGACAGAAUGCAGCCAGUUGACCGGCUGCUCUCAUUCUGCAGCCAUCCUGCAAGAUUUGUCCUGCAUUUUUGAGUUAAUAACAUCUAUGCUGAUUGCUUCGAAUGAAUAUCUGUUAUUUCCCCACGGUCCUCGAUUUGAAUAAAUUUUCGGAACAAUGACUUUGUUUUA